AUGCUCCGUUUCAAUCGGUACCUAGUGUCUAACAACAAGAUCGUUCCUCUUACCAUUAUCAAGGGCGCCGGCCAUGAGCACAUCCCUAUCCCCGAGGGCGACUGCGCCAUUAUCGCCGACUUUCACUCAAUCAAAUCCCAGAGCUCACACUCUACCCCUUACCUAACCACUGGAUUAUACCGUGUUGUGCCCGGACCUACACGAUACGGCGCAUACGACUACGAGGAGACCAAGUAUGUUCUUAAGGGUCAAAUCGAUAUCACAGAUGAAGCCACUGGCAAGACCCACCACCUCGUUGCUGGAGACUGGGCCUUCUUCCAUGUUGGGUCCAAGGCUCAGUUCUCGACAAAGACUGAGGGCGUUGCUUUCUACGCUGUCACCCGACCAAUGAACGACGGCCACCCUAACCUUAUUGGCCGUGAGGAGAGCACUUCUAAGUUAUAA